GUGAGUCAUUUGCCACCCCAAUGUCCGAGUUUCUCGAUUGGUGUUUUCCCGUUGUGACGCGACUCGCGAUCAAAAGGCGAACCUCAAGGGUCGCGAUUAAAAAAAUGGUAACAACAUGGCAGGAUGUUACUUGUUGCAAUAUUAUACAAUAAAUAGCUGUCUCGAACUUUGUGGGAACUUUUCACCUAUUUCAUAAAAGAUACUCAAGGAGACUUGAAAAUGAGUAAGGUGAUGUUAAUGGUGAUAUGCACCUGCAUUCUCCAUCUCCGCGAUGCUGGAGUGAUUGGCUCGUCAGCCGUGGCAUCAAAAGUGGUCACACAAGAGACAGAUACACAGAUAGUGCCGUUCAGCUGUAACACAACUGUGGAAGCGUUCCAGUGCGAUGCAGCAACUUGCAUUCCGACGACAAGUGCAUGUAACGGCAUAAUGGAGUGCCCCAACGGCCAGGAUGAGUCCGUGUCUGUUUGUGGUUGUCUACCGAAUGAGUUUCGUUGUCGAAACAGUUGUGUGGAUCUAGUGAAGCGAUGUAACCGCCAGAAAGACUGCGAAGAGGGAGAAGAUGAAGAAGAUUGCAAAACUUUCCUGUGUCCAAUUACACACUUCAAGUGCAGCAAUCACUACUGUAUUCCUUUGGAUUCGGUAUGUGACUUUAAGGAUGACUGUGGUGAUAACUCAGAUGAGCUCAAGUGUGUUAGGAGGAAGUGCUGGAAUCCUGAGUUCAAGUGCGACAGUGGUGAGUGUAUUCGACCAGGAUUCCUCUGCGACGGCAGCCCUGACUGUAAGGAUGGAUCUGAUGAGUCACCGGAUACUUGUCAUCCCAGAAAGUUUGUUAAAUGCGGUGAUGGCACGAGGAUCCAUAAGUAUUAUUGGUGUGACGGCUGGCCAGAUUGCACAGAUAAUCAUGCUGACGAACUCAAUUGUGAAGAAUGCCUUGGAGAGGACGAUUUCAAAUGUCCGAAUGGUCGCUGCAUAAGAAAGGCGAAUGUCUGCGACUCCCAGUGUGAUUGCGUGAACAGCUUCAAUAACUCGCUCACUUACUAUUACGACAAAGUCUGUGCUGAUGAAGUUAACUGCACUCAUUCCUACAAACUGCAUCAGGGUACAGGUGCAUUCGAAUGUGAACUGGGCAGUACACUGGGCUGUUCAACCCCAGGUAGCAGUCACACCAAAAGCAGAUGCAUUGCCCCGCAAUUUCUCUGUGACGGAGUGAACGACUGUCACAAUGGAGAUUUCCUUUCUGAUGAAUUCGGCUGUCCAUACAAUCAGAAACAUCAGAAACUGGAUUUAGAUGAAGUGUUCCAAUGUCGCGACAAUAGGAGCUUGCCCAAAAGAUUUCGAUGUGAUUUCAAUAUCGACUGUUUAAACGGAGAUGAUGAAGAGGACUGUCCAGAAAUCGAGAUUUGUCAUGAAAAUGAAUAUCGCUGUGAAAAUGGACAAUGCAUUCCAAAAUCUGGUUAUUGCAAUCUGGUCUUCGACUGCUACGAUAGAAGUGAUGAGUCAGAUUGCUAUAAUAAUUUAUGUGGAGAAGGAUUGCUGCGAUGUGCCACGGGACAAUGUCUGCCUGAGGAUCAGUGGUGUGAUUUUUUCAUUGACUGUCUGGAUGCAUCCGACGAGACCAAUUGCACAAUCAGAGAAUGCCAAUCAGAUGAGUUCAAAUGUGAUAACGGCCAGUGUGUGAGUUCCACACAGAAAUGCUACACCUCAGGGAAUCCAAGAACGGGGUGUGCGGAUAGAUCUCAUCUUCUCAACUGUCGUGACUGGUCGUGCCCAGAGUCGCAGUUCAAAUGUCACCAGGGUCCAUGCCUGAACAUGUCGCUGAUCUGUGAUGGAAACAUCGAUUGCCCCGGAUCAUGGGCCGAUGAAGAUAAUUGCACAUUCAGCUGCUCCAAUAGCGCUCCGCAAUGCGAAUGCCAAGAUGUGAUGAUCAACUGCACCGGGAAAGGGCUAUCUCAAUUGCCAGAUGCAGAAAAGGAGAUUACUUCUUUGUGAGUUUUCUAUCUUUAAUAGAAACCUUUAUGGGACAGAAAUUGGACUGGAAUUAAUUUAUGUUUCAGAGACUUGAGCAACAAUAGCAUAACCCAUCUCAUGCCUCUCAUGUUUUGCAACUUAUGGCGGCUCUCUGUACUCAAUCUACAAAAUAAUAAAAUAUCAAUCUUGGGAAAUGGAUCGUUUUAUGGAUUAUUUGGAGUCUCUGGUUUGUAUUUACAAGGGAAUCAGAUCCAGAAGAUUCAGACAAUGGCGUUCAUUGGAUUAUCAUCUCUCACAUUCCUUGAUCUUCAUGGACAAAGAAUAAAUCAGAUUGAACCAAGUGCAUUUGUUGGAUUGAGGAACCUAGCUGGCUUAGACCUAUCACAUAAUGAGAUCAAAUACUUGGAGGAGGGAAUACUUCAAGGAAUGUCUCGUUUGCUCUCCCUGGAUCUAAGGUACAACAAAAUCAAAGUGAUUGCUACCCAAGUCUUCCUCAACACUCCUAAUCUUCAGAAGUUGAUCACGGACGAGUUUAGAUUCUGCUGCCUAGCGCGACACGUGGAGCAUUGCGAACCGCCACCCGACGAGUUCAGCUCAUGCGAGGAUCUCAUGUCGAAUAUCGUGCUGCGCAUUUGCGUGUGGGUGUUGGCCAUUGUAGCCACACUGGGCAAUGUACUGGUCAUCAUGUGGCGCAGCAGAUACAAGCAUUGCAACCAGGUGCAUUCGUUUCUAAUCACGAACCUAGCAGUGGGCGACCUGCUGAUGGGCUCCUACCUGCUGCUGAUUGCACUGGUCGACUGGCAUUACCGCGGCGUCUACUUCAUCCACGACUCUGAUUGGCGCUCCAGUCAGCUGUGCGCGUUUGCCGGCUGUAUCAGCACCUUCUCCAGUGAACUGUCCGUCUUCACUCUCACAGUUAUAACUCUGGACAGAUUCUUAGGGAUAAUCUUCCCAUUUCGAGUGAGGAGGCUGGAGAUGGCUCGUACUCGGCAAUUGAUGGCUUUUGGUUGGCUGCUAGCCGGAAUACUAUCAGCUCUGCCAUUGUCUCGAUUCACCUAUUUUCAUAAUUUCUACGGGCGAUCUGGUGUUUGUUUAGCUCUUCAUAUAACACCAGACAAGCCAAGUGGAUGGGAAUAUUCUGUCCUUGUUUUUCUUGUGCUGAACCUGCUGUCGUUCGGCUUCAUAGCGGUGGGCUACCUGUGGAUGUUCCUGGUGGCGCGGACAACGCAGAAGGCAGUGACCAAGGAGCGGCAGAUGAAUGAGGCGGCCAUGGCGUGGCGGAUGACCAUGCUGGUCGCCACUGACGCCGCCUGCUGGGUCCCCAUCAUUCUGCUCGGCAUUGUCUCACUCGCUGGCUACACUGUUCCACCUCAGGUGUUCGCCUGGGUUGCGGUAUUCGUGUUGCCGCUGAACGCAGCCAUCAACCCGGUGCUUUACACACUGUCAACGGCGCCCUUCCUGACGCCGGCGCGGCGCGGCCUGCUGCGAUUCCGGCGCUCCUGCAAGAUGUCACUCAGCGCCGAUCCGCGUCGCACCUACUCGUCGGGCGUAGCGACACCCAUGCCAAUCCGCCGCUACUCGUCUGCCUGCAGCAAUGCUGACCUCUACGCGGUCACGAAGCGGGCGUCGGCCAAGUGGACGCGCGUCGACACCACUGUCAGCGAGCGAGGCGAGGUCUUUCCGCUCAGCCGGCUUGACAAUAAAUGACAUUCGCCCGGGUCCCAUCGCAGGGCCCAGAGUCACCUAUACGACUGAACUCAACAUCUGCUACUCAAAAUUAUGUGUUUUAAUCUGCUGGAUAAGUUACAAUAUUGUUCAGCAUCUGCUACUCAAUCUUAAAAAAAUAAUGUGUUUUCAUCUGCUGGAUAAGUUACAAUAUUGUUCAGCAUCUGCUACUCAAUCUUAUCAAAAUAUUGUGUUUUCAUCUGCUGGAUAAGUUACAAUAUUGUUCAGCAUCUGCUACUCAAUCUUAUCAAAAUAAUGUGUUUUCAUCUGCUGGAUAAGUUACAAUAUUGUUCAGCAUCUGCUACUCAAUCUUAUCAAAAUAAUGUGUUUUCAUCUGCUGGAUAAGUUACAAUAUUGUUCAGCAUCUGCUACUCAAUCUUAUCAAAAUAUUGUGUUUUCAUCUGCUGGAUAAGUUACAAUAUUGUUCAGCAUCUGCUACUCAAUCUUAUCAAAAUAAUGUGUUUUCAUCUGCUGGAUAAGUUACAAUAUUGUUCAGCAUCUGCUACUCAAUCUUAAAAAAAUAAUG